AUGCCUUGGGAUUUGAUACCUCUGAACAACGGAACGAGCAUUCCAAGUAUCGCAUAUGGAACCUGGACCCUAGGAGGCGGACAAUGGGCCGUUGACAGCGUUGACCAGGCGAUUUCUGUGGGGUUCAAUCACAUAGACACCGCCCAGUCCUACCGCAACGAGCACGAGGCGGGGAUUGCUAUCCAGGAGUCCGGUCUAUCUCGCUCAGAGCUGUUCAUUACGACGAAGUACUCUGGACUCAAUGGCCUCGAUAUUCCGACGUCUAUUCGGAACAGCAUUCAGAACCUUGGCGUUGAAUACGUCGACCUCUAUCUGAUCCACAGCCCCCGUCUGGCCGUACCCGAUAUCCCCACUGUUUGGUCGCAGAUGGAACAAGUGCAGAACGAUGGACUCGCCAAGAGUAUUGGCGUUAGCAACUUCAACGUUCCACAGCUCGAGACGCUGCUUGCGUCUGCCAAAAUCAAACCGGUUGCCAAUCAGAUCCUGUUCCACCCCUACGUCCUCUCAAGUCAGAUGCCAAUUGUGGAAUUUGGCAAUCAGCACGGCAUUGUCAGCGAGGCAUACAGUGUGCUGAUUCCCCUCACCCGCCAGCCUGGUGGCCCAGUGGAUGCCCCCGUUCAGGUCAUCGCAGACCGCCUGAAUGCAAAGCCAGAGCAAGUGCUCCUGGCGUGGGCAAAGGCAAAGGGAGUUGUAGUUGUGACAUCAAGCACUAAGAAAGAGCGACUUGAUGGAUACCUCCAGGCGGGAGACUUCGAGCUUACUGAUGAAGACAUUGCGUCCAUCGACACUGCUGGGAUACUCGGGGCCCGAAGGCUGUCUGCACGUACCUUCCUACGCCGCGCGGCCAUUGCUGCUCUUGUGGGAGCUGCGCUUCUUGGCGCAUGCAGCUAUAUGGGCGUUAACAUCAUUUGA